GUAUGAGGAGCGGAGCGCAGGCCACUGGUAGCGCAUCAUCAGUCAAACCCACUUAGCGUUCAGCUCUCACCAGUGUCUCAAAUGCGUGGAUAAUAAACGUCGACGCAAGAUAGAAACGGAUUACUGCCUUGGAAACGCUCGCUGGUAUACGAAUUUUACAUUUAGUCCGUUCCUAAAUAAAUCUUAGUUUGUGGAAGUGAACUGCUCUACUUUUGAGUUGAACAUACGUUUCUUUUAGACUUAGUUGCUGGCAUAACUACCUGGGAAUUGUAUCGACUUCUUUGGACAAUGCCCUAGGCUGCGGGGCGCAUGUUAUUUCACUUUUACGUAUUUAAUGACAACUUCGGGCAUUUUAACUUAAAAAAAAAAAAAAAACUAUGGACCUGCUGUACCAAGUUCUUCCUGUCACCACGUUUAUGAGCGUUUUACAGGUCCGUGGUGACGCAGUGGCACCGUCCAAGCAUCCAGGCCUCCAGGUGCUGGCCACCGCCUCUCACUACUGGCCUCUGGAUGCGAUGGACGGGAUCCCGGAGCUGUGGGACAGAAAUGGGAACAGAUCAGGUCAUAUUAAUGGGAGUAAUAUAACUCUCAGAAUCCACAACCACACUGUGCUGUCCACUUCUCAUAACUCUUCCUCUGUGUAUGCCAAUGAUUCUGCCUACACUAACAUUUCUGCAACAGUAGACAUUGUAGAAGGGAUGGUGAACAAGGGCAUCUAUCUGAACGGAGACCAAGGAGGAACUUUUCUGCACUUUGGGAACUACAAGAACUCUUGCAUCAGUGACCCAAUGCUGUGCGGGCCUCAAGGCAUUACAUUUUCUUUUUUCUGGAAGGACCAAGAGGUGGAGUCCCGUUUCAGCAUUGCCUCUGGAGGUAAAGUCAUGUCCAACGGCUUCUCUGUGUACACCAACCCUCUCGGGGGGUAUGUGGAGUUCUACACCAGAGGCAAUUCCAAGAGGUGGAUGGCCAAGAUUGAUCUUCCAGGUCCUUACUGGACACACAUUCUCUUCACCUGGACCAUGACUGAUGGCCUGAGCGUCUACAUCAACGGGUCAUUCAGCGUCAGCGACACCAAAGGAAACUUCUCCCAGAACUACGGGGACACCUACCCUGACCUGGUCAUCGGUGUGGGAAACGACAUCAAAUCGAAGGGUCACUAUGCCACCGGCGCCUUCGAUGAGUUUGUGAUCUGGGAACGAGCCCUGUCUCCAGAGGAGAUCAGCAUGUACUACAAAGCAGCCAUUGGUAUGAAUGUUUUCUCUCCCACGCCAACUCCUCUUCCUUUCGUUGUGUCAUCGACAACACAGCCGGCCCUGUAUCUCUCCCAGGAAACCACUCCAGAGUCCAGCGACCCCUUCAGCCUCAGUAACCUGCCGGAGGACGUCCUUCCCUCUGAGGAGCCUAUGCCUGUGCCCAUUGCUUUGGACAAUUUAUCCGUCAGUCUGCAUAACAAGACCCUGCCCAGCCACACGGCCAACAACCUCACUCAGACUUUUCUCAGGACUGUGGAGGAGAUGUUGAACUCCACUGGAGCAGGCAGGGAGGACCAGGGCCAGGGCCAGACUGAUGAAGAGUCUGCCCCUGUGGUAAACGAGCUGAUAGAGACGGUGGAUAAGGCCAUGGACGGUUUGGUGAAUAUCCUGGAAGUGAAGUCUAAAGUCCCCGUUGCCGUCCAGGGCAAGUCUCGAGUAGCAGACUAUUCCUUGAUGAAGAUUCCACAGAACUACAACAUGCAUACGUACAGAUUCCCAACCCAGGGAAAGAACUACAUCUCUGUCCCUGGAGAGGCCUUAAACAUGCAGUCCCAGACUACCAUUGUUGGACUCUUCUACCACAACAUGCACAACUACUAUAAAGAGAUCAGCCCCAUGAACACCAGGAUCAACGAGGCGUCUGACUUUAAAGACCACAAGAUACAGGUGGCCAGUUUCCUCAUCUCGCUCAAAGUGGAGCCCUCACCUGCCCUGUCCAUCAACCUGUCCAAAGAGCCACUCAUCAAGAUCGUGCUUACGCAUCAGCUGACCAAAGAGCAACAAAUGCAAUCAGUAAACAAGAGCAACACAGUUCACCUGUACUGUGCAUUCCUGGACUACAGAAGCUCUAAAGAAGGUGUGUGGUCUAACGAGGGCUGUGUUCGUUCUGGUGGUAACCUGUCCUACUCCGUGUGCCUGUGUAACCACCUGACCAACUUUGCCAUCCUCAUGCAGGUCGUCCCCAUGGAGCUGUCCAAAGCCCACCAGGUGGCGCUGUCCACCAUCAGCUACAUUGGCUGCUCCAUCUCCAUCUUCUGUCUGGCCAUCACGCUGGUGACCUUCGCCAUACUUUCGUCGGUGAGCACCAUCCGUAACCAGCGCUACCACAUUCACGCCAAUCUGUCCUUCGCCAUCCUGGUGGCCCAGAUCCUUCUCCUCAUCAGCUUCCGCUUUGAGCCGGCCACGCUGCCCUGUAAAGUGAUGGCGGUGCUGCUGCACUUCUUCUUCCUGAGUGCGUUCGCGUGGAUGCUGGUGGAGGGCCUGCACCUGUACAGCAUGGUGGUCAAGGUGUUCGGCUCCGAAGGCAGCAAGCACAUCUACUACUACGGCAUCGGCUGGGGAUCUCCUCUGGUGAUCUGCGUAGUGUCGGUGACCUCAGCUUUGGGAAGUUACGGUGAAGUGGGAAAUUGUUGGUUGUCUCUUAAAAAUGGGGCCAUUUGGGCUUUUGUGGCUCCUGCCUUGUUUGUCAUAAUGGUCAAUAUCGGCAUUCUCAUUGCUGUGACCAGGAUCAUUUCAAGAAUAAGUGCUGAAAAUUACAAAGUGCAUGGGGACGCCAACGCUGUCAAGCUGACGGCCAAGGCUGUGGCGGUUCUGCUGCCUAUCCUGGGCAUCUCUUGGAUCUUUGGGGUUCUGGCCAUCAAUGACCACUCCCUGCUCUUCCAGUACAUGUUUGCAGUGUUCAAUUCUUUACAGGGUUUCUUCAUAUUCCUUUUCCACUGCCUGCUCAACUCUGAGGUGAGAGCGGCCUUCAAGCACAAGACCAAGGUGUGGUCCCUCACCAGCAGCUCCAUACGCAACAUCAACGUCAAGCCUUUUAACUCUGAUGUGAUGAAUGGCCCCAAGGGUGUAACAAAGAUGAACACGUGGGACAAAAGCACCAACUCAGCCAAUCGUAUGGACCUUUCUGCCGUAUAGGAGCCAAUCCCUGCCCUGCAUCUGUCAUGAGGUGGGCGGGCCGGAGUAAACACUACACAACCAUCCUCUUUGCCUAAUGGCGAAACACUGGCGCAUUCAAAAGCUUCCUCUGGCUUUUUAUUUUUUUAAAAAAGCAUCAUGUUUUAAAACCAAAAUAUAUGUCACUCCCUUGGAGAACUUUCUCUUCUCUGUAGAUGUUUUUAGAUAAGACUGUCUGGAAAAGACUUUUUCUGAUCAACAAGGCUUGGAGUCUACACACUACUCCACAUGCUGGAGUACUUUUGAAGACACUAACAUGGCUGAUUCAUCAUUGUUCCAGCAGCCAUCAUCUCUCCCUCGUAUAAACCCUCCCACGUCUCUAUCUGACCUGCCAGCGCUGUGUGGAGGGAGAGAGCUGACGGCACAACACUUUGACACAACACUUUGUGAAGCAGCCCUUUCUCUCUCCUGCCUCCUGCUGAUUAUCUGC